AUAUCCAUCUAGCUAAUUCGCAGUAUAGGUGUUGCGAAAAGAAAUAUAUAAUUUUGAAUUUAACCCUUCUUGUACCGUACAACGAAUAUCGGAUAUUUUGUAAGUGUGACCGAAGUCAACACAUUAUGUAUAUUUUUGAUUUAAGAUGAGUUGGCAGUCAUUAUCUAGAUGUCGAAUGAAAAUUGUGGUGUAUAAAGAUUGACGAAGCUGUAAAAAAAAUAAAAUUGAAUAAAAAGAAGUUGUCGGUGCACUAUAAAUUCUUGUUGGUUUAUAAGAAAUAACCCAACGACGACCAGAAAUAAACAUAAAGCCUGUGCAUACGUGGUGCAAGGUUUGGUUGACGGAAAUUAUAGAAUUCGGUCAUUUGAGCCGGAUUAGUAACCCUCUGCCUCUUUGAUAGGUGAAUACGAGCACUAACAUGGUCAUUUGAGCCGGAUUAGUAACCCUCUGCCUCUUUGAUAGGUGAAUACGAACACUAACAUGGUCCUUCGAAGCCCACGGAACGGCAUAUGGAUUGCGUAAAACAGCGGCGCAAUUUCAUCAGAUGGUGAAAUAGAUCUGUAUGUAUUCCAAGCCUGAUCCAAGACAUACACAUCCGCACAUACACUUUGACGACGACUAGUGUAUGUGUACCGUAUGUAGACAGACGUGCAACAGAAAGAGACAACUACUGCGUGUUUUUUUUGGUGAUGCUCCCGACAGGAGACAGAAAUGGGAAUACAUACAUACAUAAAAACAAACACCGAAAUACGUACAGAAAAAAACUGGCGGAAAAAAGAAAAAUUGUGACGACAACUGAAAUCGACAAAUCUGUUCAAAUCGACGAACAAAAGAUCGUAGACAGCGAUAAUGGGACAAAAAAAGAAGAUAAACCACACUCCUCAUCCCGACAAGACACCGCAAGUGGAAAUGGAUGCUACCAUCAAGCCGAGGACAAGGUCAAAGGUAGCGGCAUCAACACCGAUGGAAUCCAACGUAAUCAAAAAGGCCGCAGACAAGCAGUCCGAAGGAGGCCGAUCACCACAUACAACCAAAAGUAGCCAAAACUCACGCACAUCGUCUAAGGUGCAAAAUUUGAUGAAACAACUGGAUUUGAAUACAAAACAGCAGCAGCUUGCCCAGCAAAUUGCGACACAGGAGCAGCAGCGCCAACAGCUGACACUUCAACAAAAACAUCUGGACCUGGAACAAGAGCUGCUUGAGUUGCAGCUACAAGAAGAAGAAAAAGAAGAUGACAUCGACCACGGCGACGACAAUGAUGGCAAAUACGCUGAGAUCCGUACAAGCAAUCUGGGAUAGUGGCAUCAACUGGGACGACCCUAUCAUAGAUGAACAUUUUGAUUUGUGGAAAGAGCUAAGUAAUUCGUUUGAUAAAAUUAGUAACUUCAGUGUACCAAGACUUAUGACAAAACUUCCAAUAAAUGACUGUGAAGUACAAUUGCAUAUAUUUUGCGAUGCUUCCAAAUAUGCUUAUGCAUCAUGCGCAUACGUACGAUUCCAAAUUGACGACAAAAUUGAAUGUAGUUUAAUAGCUGCAAAAUCACGUGUAGCACCACUCAAACCAAUGUCAAUUCCGCGGUUGGAAUUACAAGGAGCUUUAUUGGGAGCAAGAAUGAAUAAAAUGAUUAAAGAAACUUUGAAUUUAAAAAUAGGCAGAACGCAUUUAUGGACAGAGAAAUACAGGAGAUAUCAAAUGUAGGAGAUUGGAAGUAUGUUCCAUCGAAAUUAAACCCAGCCGAUGAGGCAACCAAAAUCACUAAAAUAGAUUUUACAAACAACAAUUUGUGGUUGACAGGUCCACAGUUUUUGCAUAAUAAUAGUGAUCACUGGCCAGUAGGAAAGAUUUCAGUUGGGUCACAGGAUAUCGAUCCAAUUGACAAAGAGUAUGUUAAUGUCACUUCGCUUCUGAGAAAUGAUAUUGACUUACCAGACGUUCUUCGAUUCUCGAACUGGUUGCGGUUCUUAAGAACCACAGCUUGGACACUACGUUAUGUAGACCAUUUAAAGCUCAAGAGACAAAAUUGUAAGGAACUGACAGCCAAGGAAAUAGAUAGGGCAGAAAUUUUAAUAUUUAAAAAAAUGCAACUUGAUAGUUAUCAACGUGAAGUUGAAAAAUUGACCAAAGGUGAAUCUGUUGAUAAUUCAAGUAGUUUAAAAUCACUACUCUUAAAAAUGUCAGAUGACGGCUUAAUUAGACUCAAAGGUAGACUGGACAAUCUUAAUGACAGCGACUAUGACUUCAACUCGAAAAAUCCCAUUGUUCUAAGCAAAGAUCACCCGAUCACAAAUCUUUUAGUAUACCAUUAUCAUCAAAAAAAUUGUCAUAUUGGGGUAGAGACAGUCCUAUCAAAUCUUAGACAUAAAUUUUGGAUCACAAAGUGUCGAAAUACACUAAAAAAAAUUAUACGUAAUUGCCAGUAUUUUAAAAACAAAAGAGGACAGCCACACAAAGCUAUAAUAGGGCAACUUCCAAAAUGUAGGAUAGAACCAACGGAGAGAGCAUUUUUAAAAGUGGGCGUAGAUUAUUUUGGUCCGAUAGAAAUAACAGUAAACAGGAGUCAUGUCAAGCGAUAUGGUGUAAUAUUUACAUGUAUGGCCUCUCGCGCAGUACAUCUUGAGGUAGCCGAAGACCUUUCAUGCAACGCAUUUAUGCAUUUAUUUCGUCAGUUUGGUUGUCGACGUGGUUUUCCAAUUGAAAUGUAUUCGGAUAAUGGAACAAAUUUUAAAAGAGCAAGCAAAGAAAUUCAAGAAGUUAUAACUGACUGGCCCAAAGAUGAAUUGUUGCAGUUUCUGACCACCAAAAAUUGUUCAUGGUUUUUUAAUCCACCCUUGAGUCCGCAUAUGGGAGGAGCCUGGGAAAGACUUAUACAAUCUGUAAAAACGUAUUUAUGCUUUCUACUGAAAGAAAGAUUUCCUAAAGAAUACACAUUGAAAACAUUGUUUUGUGAAAUUGAGCAUAUGAUUAAUAGCCGACCACUGUUGUAUGUACCAUCCGACUCCAUGGACUCGGUACCAUUGACUCCAAAUGACAUUUUAAUUGGACCCGAUUUUAGGGAUUCAUUUUAUUCAACAGCCACUGAUGGAGAUUUGAAGGUGUUAAAUAUGUGGAAGGCGUCUCAAAGACUGGCCGAUAUGUUUUGGUUAAAAUGGAGAAAAGAAUAUAGACAAUAUCUUUUAUACAGUCGUAAAUGGACAAAAGAACAAAGUAUGUUAAAAGAAGGUGACGUUGUUUUGAUAACAGAUUCUGAUUUACCUAGAAAUAUUUGGCCUAAGGGCAUUAUUGUAAAGACAUAUCAAGCAACGGAUGGAUGCGUUCGUAUUGUAGAUGUUAAGAUAAAAGAUAAAAUUUAUAAACGACCUAUAGUAAAGUUAAUCAAGUUAGAUGUUAAGACGAAUGUGUAACCCGACAUUGUUAAGUAUUGCUGCUAUUCAUAAUUGAAUAAUUAGUUGCUGCAAUACUUGGGAGGAGAAUGUUGCGAAAAGAAAUAUAUAAUUUUUAAUUUAACCCUUCUUGUACCGUACAACGAAUAUCGGAUAUUUUGUAAGUGUGACCGAAGUCAACACAUUAUGUAUAUUUUUGAUUUAAGAUGAGUUGGCAGUCAUUAUCUAGAUGUCGAAUGAAAAUUGUGGUGUAUAAAGAUUGACG